AGCAGCCCCCCACCCUUCGCUUUAAACCUAACCCUAUUUCAACUCAUUCAUUAUGCCACCGCCCGCCGCCGCCGGAUCUGAUUCACAUCUCUCGCUGUUCAUUUCGAGUUUUCGUUUUCGCCGAUGGCCGCGUCUUCGUCCCCAUCCUUCUCCGCCACUCCGCCGGAGAAUUCCAUGGCCGUCGUCACCGUAACCGCUUCCUCCUCCUCUCGCCGCCUCCCUCCGCCGUGUUGGUCCCAUGAGGAGAGCGUAGCGCUCAUCGAUGCCUACCGAGACAAAUGGUACUCCCUCCGCCGCGGUAAUCUCCGGGCCAACCACUGGCAGGAGGUCGCUGAUGAUGUCGCCGUUAGGUGCCCGGUCGAUUCGCCGAAGACCGCCGUGCAGUGCCGUCACAAGAUGGAGAAGCUCAGGAAAAGGUAUCGCGCAGAGAUUCAACGCGCGGCCCCUUACGGCGGCCUUCGCUCCCAACGCUAUUGCUCCUCCUGGGUUCUGUUCAAGCUUAUGGAUUCCAUGGAAAGAGGCCCUGAUGCCGAAUCUCCUCCUCCAGGGGACGAAGAACUCGACGAUGAUGCCGAGGAUUUGAAGCAAAAUACUGUCAAACACCUUGCGGGCGAUAUGUACAGCCCGAACCAUCUGACUUCCAACAAGAGAACCAACUUUCAAGGUCCCAUGACUAAUGGAGGAACUGGUGUUCGGAUUCGAAUUCCCACACUAGCCAUGAUUGGAAAAUUUGACGAAAUGUCACCAGCAAACCCUAACCCUAACCCUACAUUUGGGUCUAGUAGUAGGAUGGUGUCUAAAGGGGAUUGUUUCGCAAAUAGGUCUGCAGAUUUUGGGAGGAAGAGGAAAGAACAGGUGGGAGAAAAGAGGAAGGGAGACCCAAUUGCUGAGAUGGUGACAGCAAUUAAGUCACUAGGGGAUGGGUUUCUCAAGAUGGAGAGGAUGAAAAUGGAUUUGGCCAGGGAGUUGGAAGACAUGAAGAUGGAAAUGGAGAUGAAGAGGACCGAAAUGAUUCUUGAAUCACAACAGAGGAUUGUUGAAGCUUUUGCCAAUGCUCUCUCUGAGAGGAAUCACAAGAAGAUGACUACGCCGGAAUGUGAGAUGGGUCAUAAUUGAUUGACUCGCGACAUCUGUUUUCCAUUGAAGCUUACAAGAUGCCUUUAUUUAUCUCUCAAGGGAAUUGGCUAUGCUGCUGUUUUCUCCUGGGAAAUACUAGUAGAGAAACAAAAAUGAAAGUUUAUGAUGGUCCCCUUUCAUACACUCUAAAAAGACUCAAUGGGCCAGAAGCCGAAAGGUGAACAAGUUUCCAGGUUCAUUUCUAUUUAAGUGUCUACAGCAGCCUAACAAUACAAUGAAGCAGAAAGGCACAAACUUGCUCCCAUAAUGUGCAUUUAAGAGGCAUAGAAAGUCAAAUUUUUUCAAUAUUGCAUAACUUUCUUCCCAGCAAUUCUUGCUGCACUUGCAGUGUUUUCCAGAUCAAAUUCUUUAUCAAUGUUUACAAAAACACCUUCUAGUUGGGCAGCUAGAAUUAGAUCGUUUCAUCAUCGUCUUGAAGUCUUAUGAAGAGAGAAAUUGAUAAAAAUACCCAAUCAUAGAAGUUACUGACUAUGCAUGAAACCAUUUAUCUAUAUCUUUCCAUAUUUCUAAAAGGGAAUCAUAAGAAAAUAUAACAAAACUAAAAAAAGGCCACAACAUCAACUAAAAAUCAGUUCUUGAUUCCAUAUUUCCAUUACCUUGUGGGAUCAAAACCAGCAUGGAGAGCAAGUUUGAGUUGAUUUUCACUAAGACUGCCCCCCAUCCCAUCUUCCUCAAAUGCUCCAAAAUUUUCAAAUUGUUGUUGGCCUUAAUAGCACACCUGACAAUCGAAUUCAACCCUUACAAAGCCUCUUUAUAUGCCUCAACAUUUCUAGUAAUCAGAGGCUUGCUGUACGGAUAAAAAGGCCACAUAAUUAGUAAUCCGGUAAAAUCUACGUACAUGAGAUCUGCGAUCUGACCAGAAUGGUCAAGGAUUUCACCCACGUUGAGCGGGACCUUUUUUGAGAAGUGAUUGGUUCAGGACUCUGAAUGGUGUAGAUGAACAAGCCCUGAGCUAGAGGAAUCUAUGA